CUCCUACAAACCUCCCUCCACGGCCUCUCAUUCACACUGCCAUAAUGGUGGUUGAGAUAUUUCCUCCUUACCCGCCGGAGCUGUCCCAAACACAGUUAUCCUAUCUCCUGCAAGCCCUUACAGAUUACUCGCUUUCCCAUGGUUUGACUGUCAGACCUGCGGAAUCGUUUAUUUCGGAAAAGUUGAGCCCGAACGGAGCACUUGCUACUCACGCCCCCAUCACUCUAUUCCCGAGCCCGUUUCCGAGAAGCUGCUGGGAAGCAGGGAGGGCGGUACAGAAGGAUUAUAACGAGCUGUAUGCUAGGGUUGCUGGGAAUGCAGAGUGGCUAAAGAAGACAAUGGUUGAGUGAGUGGAGAAGCGGGUUUUAUGAGACCACGAGGCCAAUGCUAAACGUCAUAGACUCUCCAAGGUCGAUGAUUUCACCGCGAGACUUUACAAAGUCCAUUUGGACGUCAAAGCGGAAGGCUUUGUGCAACCGCUCUCGCUCGGCCUUUUCCGCUCAGAUUAUAUGCUUCAUAUGGCCGCUCCGGAGGGUCCUAAAACUCCUCCCGUGGUUCACCAAGUUGAAUUUAAUACCAUUGCUUCGUCGUUUGGAGCAUUGUCUACUAGAGUCUCGGAGUUGCACAGACAUCUUGCAAAAAUGGGUGCUUACCCUCCCGAUAGCAUCAUCAAACCCGAAAACAUUCCCGUAAGCCCUGCCCUGCAAGGAUUAGCAAAGGGAUUAUCAGUCGCCCACAAAGCCUACGGCAACGGUGGGGAUGGAAGAUCCACAGCCAUCCUUAUGAUCAUCCAGCCGGGGGAGAAGAACGUUUUUGACCAGAGGUGGUUGGAGUACGAGCUCCUCGAAAAACAUAGUGUCCAGACAUACCGCAUUUCGCUUGCAGAUGUCCCCAAGCUCACAGAUUUAGCUUCUAGUACUCAGGCUCUGAUUUAUUCCCCGCCGCACGCUCCCAACACACAGAUUGAGAUCUCUACUGUGUACUUCCGUGCGGGAUACGGGCCAGGAGAUUAUUCCGGGGAGGAUGACUGGGCUGCAAGGACCACCCUUGAACGUUCGAAGGCUAUCAAAUGUCCAUCUGUGAUUACCCAACUUGCCGGCGCUAAAAAGAUACAACAAGUCCUAGCCAUGGAUGGAAUUGUUGAGGGAUUUCUCGCCGAUAAAGGUGUUUCUUCCCAGGUCCGGGGCACGUUUGCCGCUAUUCACCCUCUUGAUAAAUCGCCUGCCGGUAUAGCGGCUCGUAAACUUGCGCUUGAGAAACCGGAUACAUACGUUCUCAAGCCGCAGCGGGAAGGAGGUGGGAAUAAUAUCUAUAGAGGAGAUAUUCCUGGCUUUCUCAAGUCUAUUCCGGAGUCCCACUGGAGUGGGUAUAUCCUAAUGGAAUUGAUUGAGCCGCCGUCACUCGAGAACACCAUCAUAAGGAAUGGCGGACUGAUGAGUGGGGGUGUAGUUGGGGAAUUGGGUGUCUAUGGCGCUAUCUUGUGGAAAGACGGAGAAGGUGAAGAGAGAGGGAAGGGCCUCAAGGAAAUCGUGAUGAACGAGGAGGUGGGGUGGCUGCUCAGAACUAAGGGAAGGGAGAGCGACGAGGGAGGUGUUGCGGCAGGCUUUGGUAGUGUAGAUGCGGUCCUCUUGGUUGAUUGACGUUUUUCCACCAAUUUCUUGAUACCUAUUUCCUUCUUUCAGUUAGGCACUUUCAGGGUUUAGAAUGGGGUACCAAUAGAGAAUAGGACCACGGCUGUGUUCAAUACUGGUAUACCCAUAUCAUUCCCACUUGAUGUGGCAACCCGCCCCACCGGUAGUUCACAUUGAAGACUAAACUCACAAGAGAAAUUCCAUGCCUUAUAUAUCCACGUGCCCUAUGGGUCCGGGAUUCGGGUGUUACCGUGGUUCGGUCAGGAAGGCUGUCACCCGUGCUGUAAGCCCCAGUAGCAUAAGGAAAAUUAGGCUUGUCUGUUGCAAGAUGUGUAAAUGGCUGUGGGUUCUCCUGUUGGUUUUGGAAUUAGAGUUCACCUCUACAAAGGUAUCAUAUCAUACAAGCAGUCUCGAGAGGGCUGAAAAUUACC